UCUGCCCUGCAGGGAUCUACAUCCUGAUCGCCGUCGGAGCCGUCAUGAUGUUCGUGGGGUUCCUGGGAUGCUAUGGUGCUAUUCAGGAGUCUCAGUGCCUUCUGGGAACGUUCUUCACUUGCCUGGUCAUCCUGUUUGCCUGCGAAGUUGCAGCUGGAAUUUGGGGAUUCGUCAACAAAGACCAAAUAGCCAAAGACGUGAAGCAGUUCUAUGACCAAGCCUUCCAGCAGGCGCUCAUGGCAGACUCGGACUCGAGCAAUGGCAAGGCUGUUGUGAAGACCUUCCACGAGACGCUGGACUGCUGUGGUCCUGAUAAUGCAAUAGGAACUGUCACUCCCCUGUGGAGAGAGGACCUCUGCCCAAAGAAGGACUCCAUCCUGAAAACCUUUUUAGAGACCUCGAACUGCCACAGGAAGAUCGACGAGCUCUUCUCCGGGAAGCUGUACCUGAUCGGCAUCGCUGCCAUCGUGGUGGCCGUGAUCAUGAUCUUCGAGAUGAUCCUGAGCAUGGUGCUGUGCUGUGGCAUAAGGAACAGCUCCGUCUACUGAGCCGUGAGAGCCGGGGAGGGGAAGGGGGGAGCAGGGCGGACGGCGCUCGAGGGGACCCCAAGUGCCACCAAGUGACCAGGAGACAUUUCAACAAAAGACAAAGAAAACUUAAUGUAUAUAAAUACUUCCAA